AUGGAAAUAACUUCGCCGUCGUCAAUCUGUGCCAGUGACUACAUCCAUGCAGCGCACACACCAAUAUCUCUUUCCAGGAUAACUUCCGCGCCGGACAUUCAUGCACCAGUUCGGCCGCGUUGGGUGCUCUACGCCAACGUCUUAGUGUCGCUGCUGCAGCCUCUGCAAUACGGGUGGUCAACCUCGCAGCUGAAUCUGAAUACUUUCAAUGACGAAUAUGAAUGUGACGCCAGACCCGUCGCUUCCGACACCUGCCUCAUGUUCCCUGGACACACCAAAGCACAAUGGACAAUUGCGGUAAGUGCCUGGAUCUUCGGUGGAAUGCUCGGCGCUCUCGUGAUCGGACGCGUGUCCAACAAAUUCGGUCGUAAACGGAUCAUGAUGACCAAUUGCCUCUUCAUGAUAGCCGGGGCAGUCGUUCAAGCCAGUGCUUCUAGCAUGGGGAUGUUCAUCGGAGGACGAGUAAUCUCCGGUAUCGCGUCUGGUGGCGCCACUGCAGUUAUCCCUGGAUUCAUCAGUGAAAUUUCACCUCCAAGUCUCCGCAACAAUCUCGGCGUAGGCUUUCAAAUGGCCAUCACGAUAGGUAAUUUAUUUGUGGCAAUUGCUUUCUUCUUUGCCGACACAAAAAGUGGCUGGCGUUUUAUCGCGGGAUUUCCCAUUGCAUUGGCAACAUUGUUCUUGAUUUUGGCACCUAUCAUUAUUGUUGAAAGUCCCGCGUGGUUGUUAGUGGUGGGAAAGCAACAACACGCAGAAAGGGAAUUGGCACGUCUUUACGGGAAGGAAAACGUACUGUUUUCGCCAAUGCUUAUCCGUCAGCUAAUGACAGCAAUCGGAAUUGCUGGAGCUCAACAGCUCACUGGUAUCAACGCCGUUUUCUUCUACUCGUCCACGCUAUUUCAACAAGCUGGGAUAGCAGACGAGCGUAUCGGAAUUGUGGCCGUCAACUUCGUUAAUGCGCUGCCAACCUUGUUUUGUGGGGUAAUAGCUGCUCGUCUUGGCAACCGGAAACUCAUGUUUUACGGUUUAGCUGGGAUGCUCUUGAGUGCGGUGGGGAUCACGGCGUCGCUUGUUGCCAGCUUACCUGCUCUCGCGAUCGUAUUCACGGCAACUUAUGUCACUGCGUUUGGCUCGAGUCUUGGCUCUCUGGCGUGGGUCGUCAUGGCAGACCUUUUCCCAGAUGAAGCUCGGCCUAUGGGCAACGCCGUCUGCGUCGGAUGUAGCUGGUUGUCGAAUCUCACUGUGGGUCUGAGCUACCCGUACGUUGCUGCGGCCUUGGGCGACUUUAGUUUCACGCCGUUCAUGUGCACAGUUGCGCUAUCGUACGUGUUUGUGUAUUUGUUCGUACCCGAUACGUCCGGGAAGACAAUGCAAGAGAAGCAGGACUAA